CCUCCCCAAAAAACCCCAACAAAAAUAUCUGCCAGGUUCUUUGCUUUAUUUGAAUUGAACGAUACUACCUUUCUUUAUCGUUGAUCUAAAGAGAAGUCAAAGACUUAUCUAAGUCUACAGGUUUUCCUUCCUUAAUGUCACGAAAGGGAAGUUAAAAAUGCACGAGACGUUAUGCCGUUGUGUGGGGGAAGAUAGGUCUUCUCAUUUCAGUGUACAGUUGAGAUAGAAAAGCCUACACAUGCGUGGUAUCUGUUAUUUAUUCCUGUCCGUCCUGAGCCAAGUUUGCGCCGACGCCCUCAAACUCAGUGGUUACGUUGGACAAAAUGUCACGUCGCCCUGUACCUACGACGCCCAAGCUCAUGGACUGUUGAGCUUCUGUUGGGGUCAAGGAGAGCUCUCUAUUUUAGGAUGCUCAAACAGCAUUGUCUACGCCACAGAUGGGGUAGAGCCCUUCAUCAGCAAAUCUAGAUACCAGCUGCUGGGCCGCCUCAGUGAUGGAGACGUGUCCCUGACCAUCCUGAAUGCUCAACCCGGCGAUGGUGGGGUGUAUAGCUGCAGUGUCGAACUGCCAGGGUGGUUCAAUGACUAUAAAGUCCACAUAUACUUGGCCAUAGAAGAAGCUCUCCAAACUUCCAUCCAGGCAACAAUCAACACGCUCUUCACCAGUACAGUAUAACACACACACACACA